UGUGUUAAAGGGGUGGUUGAUGAUCGGAGCUUAAUUUAUUGGAUCAAGAGCAAACCAAGAUUAAAAGAACGGUAAAAAUGCAUUAGGACUUGGAACAGUUGCCACUCAGGUGAAUGACCUUAUCAAGUUGGUGUCUAAAUGGCUCUUUUCACAUUGAGGAUAAAUUUCAUAUGGUUAUUAUUCUGUAUCAGUUGUUUCUAAAUUUUGAUACUAUCUCGCAUUGUUAUUGACUAAAUUGUUUUUAUAAACAAGUCUCACCAUCUCUACAUCACUACAUAGAUUUCCAACUUUAAAAAGCUUCCUUUGGAGAAUAAAUUAGUUCGACGAGUAUGGACAGACGUGAACAGCCUGAGAACAAACGAGGAAAUCUCAUGAACCAGAGAAGGAUUCUCCAUUUAGACGUGGACCAACUUCUUUUUAAGGCCAAGCCAAACAAACCCCAUUACAGUCCAAAAAAUCAGAACCUCUAGGAAGGUUUCCACGCAUAUAGAGUUUCGAGUUUUCGACAUUUGAGGCCGAAGUGUUAGCUCUCGAUCCUCACAUGAGUCGGGCCCGCGUCUAUGCCUUGAUCUUCUGUUCGGUUUUUUUCCAUGUUGAAGCGCAAAUUUCGCCUAGCCAGAGCCAGGGAGAGAUAACCUCGCAGGAUGACUCGAAUUUCCAGCCGAGCCUCGGUGCUGUCAUGGGAAUACUCUCCCUGAUGUUCUUUCUUGCUUGCAUCCUUCUCAUCUUUACGAAGCUUUGUCUUUCCCGUCCAUCAGCUAUCCAUGGUGACCCGGAAGCUCGUCUUGGGCUCACGAGGUCGAGAUCACAGUUAUCAGGUAUUGACAAGGCAGUGAUCGAGUCGCUCCCUUUCUUCAGGUUUUCCUCACUCAAGGGAUCAAAAGAAGGGCUUGAGUGCGCAGUGUGCCUCUCCAAGUUCGAGGACAUCGAGAUCCUCCGGCUGCUGCCUCAAUGCAAGCACGCCUUCCACAUCGAGUGCAUCGACCGCUGGCUCGAGAGCCACUCCAGCUGCCCCCUCUGCAGGCACAGGCUGAGCGUGGAGGAUCCAGCGUUCUUCACCUACUCAAGUAGCAUGAGGCUGUGGAACCAAUCGAGCAGACACGAGGACUCGAAUCCGGAGCUGCUCUUUGUCCAGAGGGAGGAGGAAAAUCGCGGGUCCUCCAGGUUCGGCAUCGGGAGUAGCUUAAGGAGGAUGUUCAAGGCCGACAGAGAAGACGAGGUCUCAAUCCGAGACGAGGCCAGAAAUGCUGAUCAGGAUCGAGGAGUGGACCUGCACAAGUUCAAUCACAGGAUUCUGGUGUCUGACGUGUUCUUCAAGAACAGGUGGAGCAAUGUGAGCUCUUCAGACCUGAUGUUCCUGAAUUCAGAAAUGCUGAGCUCUGUGUCAAGCAAAAAGUUCUCUUCCCUGGAGGCCAGUCCUGGCCAGUCCAAAACAAGCAGAGCCAAUACAGAGGGCCAAAUUGGGAAGAUCAAGGAAGAGAUGGAGCUGAAGAGACUGUUUGAGAGCAAGCUCAGCCCCAAGAGCUUGACUGGUGCGGUCCCGACCGCGGGCCUCCCUCCUCCGACGGCGACGCGCGGAUCGAAGUAUCUGGUGCCGGACGAGAAGAGAUCGAUGUCCGAGAUCACGGGGGUGUCGAGGCUCGGAAGCUUGAGCAUGAAGAACAGGUACCAAGAGGCUUCCUCACAUGAAAAUGGAGGGUCAAAGGAGGAGAGAAUGAGGAGGCUGUGGCUGCCAAUUGCCAGAAGAACAGCUCAGUGGUUUGCUAACAGGGAGAGGAGAUCUCAAGACUCGCAGAAUCAGAACCCAAGACAGACACCAGAAGAUGUAUAGGCAGAGGCUCUUUUGCUUUCUGUUUUUCUUCUGUUUUGGGACACAUCUCAUGAAUAUCUCAGAGAAGGAAGUAGGCCCAGAAUUGCUGUCUUUUUUCCUUUUUUUUUUCUUCUUUUUUUGGGACACAUUUGAUGAAUAUCUCAGAGAAAGAAGUAGGCCCAGAAUUCAUUGAAACUUAUGUGUCUGUGUAACAUAGAUUUGGUCUGAUAACAGAGAGCACACUGUCAAUGUUCCCUAUUUUUGAGUUCUCUUUA